GUGACCGGCUGUGUAAAAGCAUUUCUUCUGCUGCUACACCUCAGAUGUUCUGAAACCAAGUGCUCCAUUGUGGACAUACUAGUAUUGCAAAUAUUGUUUUGGAUGUUAUGGAUAAACAGGGUACUGGCUCUGACAUCGAAUGGCCACCAAAAUUUUGGGACAAGAUAAUAAUAUCCUUCUCAGUUUCCAUGGCAAUUGGACUCGUGAUUGGAGGGAUAAUCUGGGCUUUGUUUACUUGCUUGUCCCGUCGCAGAGCCAGUGCCCACAUUUCACAGUGGAGCCCCUCAACCUCUACCCGCCGUUCCAGACCUCCUUCUCAUGGUCCAGCUGCCAACAGGCCUGGAUUCUACCGCAACAGCAGCUGUGAACGUCGCAGCAACCUCAGCCUGGCCAGUCUCACCUUCCAACGGCAAGCCUCUCAGGAGCAAGCCAACUCCUUCCCAAGAAAAUCAAGUUUUCGAGCCUCCACUUUCCAUCCCUUUUUGCAAUGUCCUCCACUCCCUGUGGAAACUAACAGUCAGCUGAUUACUCUGACUCCCACUAGCACCACCACUACAGUUGCGGGAAGCACCACCAACAGCUUAAGUCGACCUGAAUUCCACUGGUCUAGCAACAGUCUCCGCACCUGCCAUUCAACACAAACCCCUCCUCCUGCCUAUGAGACCAUCAUAAAAGCUUUCCCAGACUCUUGAAUUGGACUUUUGUUUUAAAUACUUAGAUAUGGGUAUGCAUACAUAUCUUAGAAAGAACCUCUGCCACCCAAGACAGAUUUUCUGUGCACUCAGAUGAUCUCUGUGAACCCUUCCUGUUGUUGUAGUAUGCUGCAAAAGGGACAUACAUUGCUGAGAUGCAGGUGACACUGAUUCAUUAAACAAGAUGCAGUAUUCUGUUGCCUCAAUAAACCUUCUUCUCUAAGUUACUGCUCUGCAGUGUAGAUGUGUGUUUAUAUUAUCCUUUGAAUUAGUAACGGUUGUAGGGCUUCUAAUGUAGAGGGAAAAUCUUCUAUAGUUUAAGAAACUGGUGACUAAUUGAAGAAACGAGCCAGGUUAAAAGUACUUUGUUGCUACCCAUUCAUUAAUUUCCUUCCAGGUUCACUCUUUGUGUUUGGGUUGUUUUGGGCGUCCUGUUUUUAAACAUUUUGUCUGUGAGUUUUAGAUUCUCAGGCCAGGUACAGAGUGAUCA